UGUGUGUGAUUUAUGUUCACCAUCAGGCGCAUAUCAAGUGGGACAGCAUGGCGGAGGAGCCAGCAGAAAUAGAGAUGUCACAGGAGCUUUCCGCACUCUAUUUGAACAGCAGCCUCCAGAAUGAUUACACAAACAACAGUAAUGUCACCAACCACACCAAUAUCACCUACUACCCUUACUACCAGCACUCUCUACCUGUGGCUGCCGCCCUGACUAUGGCCUACCUCUUCAUUUUCCUGCUGUGCAUGGUUGGAAAUGGCUUGGUGUGUCUGAUUGUGCUGGAGAACCGGCGGAUGAGAACAGUCACAAACCUUUUCAUCCUCAACCUAGCUGUGAGCGACCUUCUGGUGGGGGUUUUCUGUAUUCCGACAACCCUGGUGGACAACCUCAUUACAGGUUGGCCGUUCACAAACACAGUCUGUAAGAUGAGUGGCCUGGUGCAGGGCAUGUCCGUGUCUGCUUCUGUGUUCACGCUGGUGGCCAUCGCAGUGGACAGGUUCCGUUGCAUUGUGUACCCAUUCCAACCCAAACUCAGCCUGCUGGUUGCCAAGGUGACCAUAGUGAUGAUCUGGGUGCUCGCAGUGGUCAUUAUGUGUCCAUCAGCUGUGACGUUAACUGUGGAGAGAGUAGAGCAUCAUUACAUGGUCCACAAUGAAGACUACAACCAUACAUACCCACUUUUCUCAUGCUUUGAGAACUGGGCCAACCCAGAGAUGAGAAAAGUCUACACAACCGUCUUGUUCGCACACAUUUACCUCAUUCCCCUCACCCUGAUAACUCUUAUGUACGGACGCAUUGGGAUAAAACUCUACACCACCUCUGUGCUCUCUGGGAAUGAUCAGCAUGAAAGCAGACAGCCUCACGUCUCGCCUCCGGCCCCUGGAGCCCAGCAGGAAGGCCGGCCCCUCAUUUCCCAAAAGAAGAUCAAAGUGAUUAAGAUGUUGAGUGUCGUGGCCUUGUUAUUCACACUCUCCUGGCUGCCUCUGUGGACCUUGAUGCUCCUCACAGACUAUGGAGGUCUAAAUGAAGAAGAGUUAGACCUCCUGAGCAGCUACGUGUUCCCGUUUGCUCACUGGUUGGCGUUCUCGAAUUCGAGCGUCAACCCUAUUAUCUACGGGUACUACAAUGAGAACUUCAAGAGGGGCUUUCAGGCGGUGUGCAGGACGCAUUCGUGCUGCUGCGGCGGAAUGAGGGUGAGGGGCGGAAUGCGGCAGAAAGCCAGAGGAGACAUGAGGGAUCCAGUGGCAAACUCCAAUCCCUUGAAUUUCGGAGCAAGGAACCGGGUGUACACCGACGGCGUUACCAAGAACUCCAGGACAUGUCUGGAGUUGGAGCAAAGGAGAACUGGCCGACUUUGUAAUAACUCGGUCUGCUCGAAUGACACAGGAUCCAGUGCGGGAUCUGGGAUAAAAGGGGUUACAAACCAAAAAGUGUUUCAGAUGGAGGAGCUGGAGAAAAUAAGUCCUGUCAGGGUGGGAAAAAACCAAGCCUGGGAUCAAUAGAAGGAUUUUUCAUGCCAUUAACUGACUCAGGUUGUGGGCAAUUAAGACUCCACAGAUCUUUAAUUUACAAUAGAUUUAUCAACUGACAAGUCAGUUAUAAAGUCCUAAUCUCUUACUAGGAAUACCAGGAAUAAUUCCCUUCUCAAAGUCUAAGUGAACUACUUUUUGUACAAGGUUAACAUUUAAGGCUACAAAUGAGUGACGUUAAAAGAGGCUGAAGUCAUAUAUAAAGAAAUAUUGUACAGUACAUCAUUUGUUUACAGAGAUUCUACCUUAUAUAGCCUAACUGUGCCACUGGUAUCAUCCACAUUAAAAUUCUACUUUUCAACUUUAAUAUGAUUUUAAUUACACUUUCAGGAAAAAAUAGUACAAAAGCUGUCUCUGGUGUGCUAG